AUGUCCCUACUGAGGCUGUGGAACAAAGAACCGAAAGCAUCUUCCAAGAAAAAGAGCCACGGUAGUAUUGUUGGCAGCUACGGCAACAGCAUGCUGGCCCAUAACAACGUCAAGCAAUUCCGCAUGGACAUAAACGAGCUGCAUAGAGUCUGGAAACCCAACGAAAACAUAAUCGGGGAAGCAGUCAUCGAUAUCAAAAGAGACAUAACCAACGUAGCCAUCAAGUUAUCGCUAGUGUGCGAAGUACGCGUGAAAACAGGAAACAGCCCCACUUCCAAGAAUAAAAGAAUCGAGAAGGUCUUGGAGAAGUCAACGUUUCUUUAUGGACAGGACUACGUCAAGGCAGAUUCUUCGGCCAAGGAAAAGAAACCCUCCACCGACAAAUCAACCGUUUUCAACGGUUUAAGCAAGGGCGAGCAUAGGUUUCCCUUUAGGAUAAAAAUACCAAGAGGCAAGGGAAUGUUGAGUUCUAUAAAAUUUGAGAGAGGCUCGAUUACAUAUUUCCUCACGUGCGCCUUGGAGUCUCUCGAUAAAAUCAACGCAUUAAAGAAGCCGGAAGCAAAAUGUGAACACGAGUUUUCAGUGGUAGUGCCGUUGGACGUAUCGAGACUGCCCAAGCCAAAGACCAAAACAGUCGUGCUGCAGUCGGCAUCCAUGGUACAAAAUAGAAGAGGGAAAUCCACAGAGGACGGUUCUUCUUCAUACACGCAACUAACUCAAAAGUCUAACGCUUCCAAUUCCUCCGGCAGUUCUGUAAACUCCAAAACAUCACCUCUACCAAAUAAAACAGUAACUAUAUCCGUGGACAUACCCCAAGCUGGGUUCAUGAUUGGCGAGAUCGUCCCUAUAGACGUGAGGAUUGACCACUACAAACCUUUCUAUGCUCCUGCGGGGCUCACCACCACUUUAGUCAGAAUAUGUAGAGUGGGCGGUGCAGGCAAAGAUGACCCCAUGGAAACUUUCAGGAAGGAUAUCUGCCAAAGUAUCUCCCCCAUAUACAUCAACCCUGAAACGUUGCAGUUUCAGUCUAGAGUCUAUCUGAAAGUUCCCCUAGAUGCAUUUUCCACGCUUACAACCGUGAAUAAAUUCUUCUCCUUUCAAUACUACAUCGAAGUCAUGGUCAAUUUAUCCAAGAAGAACGUGGUUUACACAGAAUCCAAUAGAAUAAUAGGAACCCCCAUCGAAGAACAAAACGGCUUGGGCGUGGAAAACAACAUCAACCGCAUUCAGAGGAAAAUGCUGCGUAUGGUAAAUCCGGAAACUUUGGAAAACGACUCCGAGGGCUAUGAAUCCAGUAUAUUCUUCAAAGAUAUGGUAAACGUGGAAAAGCUGAAGAGGCUAAGAAACGUCACGGGCAUGUCCAUAGAGACCGUCAUAGGAACAACAAGAUCUGAAGUGCAACAGUACGAAACAAACUUCCCUCGUGAAACCUUAACUACGGCUCCGCAGAGUCCAGCAUUGGAUUUAAGAGAUUGGCUAGCUCCAUUGAAUGCAUAUGCAGGUGAUGGUGUUCCUGUUCCAGAGUAUUCCCCAAAUGAUAAAGUUAACGUACCGUCGGAAGACAAACAAGAACUUGAACAGAAAAGACUGAAACAGUUAGAAAGUGAUCCCCCUCCUUGUGAUGACUAUUAG